ACAUGAGGGAUUUUGAAGGAGGAGGAAGCUGACGUUCACAUGGAUUUUCCUGCAACCUGCCUGACAAUUUGGACCAUGGUCCAAGGUCGACCACCACACUCUUCUUCAUAACCAGAUAAAGUAAAGUUAAUUUCUCUUUGUUCUCUUCCUUUAACAAUGCCCUCUCUCUCUCUCUCUCUCUCUCUCUCUCUUUCCCCCCUCUCUGUCUCACCUCACUUAUCCAUAUAUAUAUAUGGCACAUAUAUAUAAUCUAAACACACAUAUUGUAUGGACUUGGGAGUUCGACAUCACAAUGACUGUAGAGUUUUGUGGUUAUGCGCAAUGCAGUUUCAUAGAGAUUGUCGUCUGAUUGGUGAUGAUCAAUGGUCCAGAUCAAUACAAUUGUCAUGAUCCAGUUUUUGAUAAGAGGUGUGGUGAGUAGUUACGAGCAAAGGGGAAAUGGCACUGGAAGCUCUUUCAUCCAACGAGUUCUUGAACUUCAUCAUCUAUGACACCAUAUCUGCAAUUCCAUAUAGCAACCGUGACUCCAGAGGCUCCAGUUUUUCUUUGGAAAAUAGCAUGAGCGCCCCAGAGAAAGCUAGUGCUUUGAACUGCUGUUCACCAAGGACCCAACAAUGCCCCUCAUCAAUGGUGCAGGAGGCUGUUGACCGGAGGCAGAAUUUGGAGGUGCAAGGCAGGAAGAAGAGAAGGAGAAAGCCAAGGGUUUGCAAGAGCAGAGAGGAAGCUGAGACUCAAAGAAUGACUCACAUUGAAGUUGAGAGAAACCGGAGGAAGCAAAUGAAUGAGCAUCUUGCUGUUUUACGCUCUCUCAUGCCAGAAUCAUAUGUCCAAAGGGGUGAUCAAGCUUCAAUAGUUGGUGGUGCUAUAGAGUUUGUCAAGGAACUUGAGCAUCUUUUGCAGUCCCUUGAGGCUCAAAAGCUCCAACUGCUUCAACAAGUAAGAGCAGCAGCAGCAGCCAAUGAAGAUAUAACAGCAUCCAAAUUCUUGCCUCCACCAUUUGCACAGUUCUUCUUGUAUCCUCAGUACACUUGGUCUCAGAUCCCUAACAAGUAUACAUCUAAAACUAAAGGAGCCAUAGCUGAUAUUGAGGUCACUUUGAUCGAAACCCAUGCUAAUCUUCGAAUUCUCUCGCGAAAAUGUCCCAGACAGCUCUCCAGACUGGUUUCCGGUUUUCAGUCACUCCACUUCUCCAUCCUCCACCUUAAUGUCACUACCAUGGAUCCAUUAGUUUUCUACUCCAUCAGUGCCAAGGUGGAAGAAGGAUGCCAACUCAUUUCAGUAGAAGACAUAGCAGGGGCAGUUCACCACAUGCUUAGAAUAAUUGAUGAAGAACCUGUCCUCUGCUGAUCAAAUGUGCCUCAGCUACCCUCAGAUAUACCAGGAAAUGACCGGAAUACCUUGCCCCUUUUUUUAUUUCAUGCAAUUCUAUUGGUUUUGUAUGUAGCUUAAUUUAGUGAAUGUGUAUUUAGCUUCAUUUUGGUGAAACAUGCAGUGGGUUUUAGUUUAAAAUAAGGGGGAGUGUUUUAAAUACCAACAACUGUUUUUAAGAAAAAAAAUCUUUGAGAAGAAUCAGAUGUUGGUACUGAGCUUUUGGGGGUCCAGAGAUUCUGAAAAUGAUUUGCCAUUUCUUGAUGCAGAUGGCUUGUUUUUUGGUUGCCCAUCCUCACUCCUCACUCCUCACUCCCCACAAGUCCCCACAAAUCCCCAACCCCACUUUUUUUCUGACGGUUGUUCUGAGCUGUUGCUCGGAUCAUGUAAUUGCCCAUUAAUGACAUGAAAAAAAAAAAUUUACACAAAAGCUCUCCAAAAAUCAUUUUUCAAAUUUUACAUGUAAUUAUAAAAGAAAAAAAAAAUACUAAUAGUAUUUUGUUUUUUAUUUUUAUUUCUUGGUUCCAUCAGAGUCAGAGAGGAAUCAUUGUGUCUCUGAGUCUUCCUUG